CGGAGUGUUUAAACUAGACUUCUGACAAACCGGGAGCUACUGUAAGAGAGGGCAGCGAUCCAUAGUUAUAGAGCGACUUAAGAUGGCUUCGUCUGACUGGUUUGGACUGGAUGAGGCUCUUUUGUGAGCUUCCAUUGACCACACUCCCUUAUUCUCUUCCUGUUAGUUCCUGCAGGUAGAAGGGGAGGUGCACAUGGAGAGAGGGAGCUAGAAACUAAAGUCUACACCCAGUCCACCCCAACUGACCUCACACAUAUAAAAAGGAAACAGGAAAUCUCUUUCAACUGAUUAGAUGGCUGAUGUCUGAAAUUUGUCUGUGAUACUGGAAGGGGUUGUUCUGCUGGAGGUAAACCAUCAUGAUCCCCAUCACAGAGCUCCGGUACUUUGCCGACACACAGCCGGCGUACCGCAUCCUGAAGCCAUGGUGGGACGUCUUCACAGACUACAUCUCCAUCGUCAUGCUCAUGAUUGCUGUGUUUGGGGGCACGCUACAGGUAACCCAGGACAAGAUGAUCUGCCUGCCCUGCAAGUGGGUGGUCAACAAAUCCUGCGAGUACCUCAAUAUGAGCUUCCGUGACCCCUUUGACCCAGAGCCAAAAGGCAUCCAGUAUGAACUGGACCGGCACCAGUACAACUACAUUGACGCGGUCUGCUAUGAGAACAAGCUGCACUGGUUUGCCAAGUACUUCCCCUACCUGGUGCUACUGCACACCCUCAUCUUCCUGGCCUGCAGUAACUUCUGGUUCAAGUUCCCCCGGACUAGCUCCAAACUGGAGCACUUUGUGUCCAUCCUGCUCAAGUGUUUUGACUCACCAUGGACCACCAGGGCUCUGUCUGAGACUGUAGUGGAGGAGAGCGACCCCAAGCCCCUGGGGAAGAUGAACGGUACCAUGGACAAGAAGGCAUCAUGCAUCAGCGAGGACGUAGAGGCCAGCGUGCCCAUGCUCCAAAGGACCAAGUCCCUCAUCGAGCAGGGCAUUGUUGACCGCUCCGACACGGGUGUCCUGGACAAGAAGGAAGGCGAGCAGGCCAAAGCUCUUUUCGAGAAGGUCAAGAAGUUCCGGAUCCACGUCGAAGAAGGGGACAUUGUCUACCGGCUCUACAUCCGCCAGACCAUCAUCAAAGUCAUCAAGUUCAUCCUGAUCAUCUGCUACACGGCCUACUAUGUGCACUACAUCAAGUUCAGUGUGAUCUGCACGGUGGACAUUGAGAAGCUGACGGGCUAUAGGAUGUACCACUGUGCUCACCCCCUGGCUACACUCUUCAAGAUUCUGGCAUGUUUCUAUAUCAGCCUGGUGGGGAUUUACGGUCUCAUCUGCAUGUACACCCUCUGCUGGAUGCUCAGCCGCUCGCUUAAGCGCUACUCCUUUGAGUCAAUCCGCGAGGAGAGCAGAUACAGUGACAUACCAGACGUGAAAAACGACUUUGCCUUCAUGUUGCAUAUGAUAGACCAGUAUGACCCGCUCUACUCCAAACGCUUUGCGGUCUUCCUGUCGGAGGUUAGCGAGAACAAACUGCGUCAGCUGAACCUCAACAAUGAGUGGACGCUGGACAAGCUGCGGCAACGCAUCACCAAGAACUCCCAGGAGAAACUGGAGCUGCACUUGUUCAUGCUUAACGGAAUCCCUGAAACAGUGUUUGACCUAAUAGAACUGGAGGUGCUCAAGCUGGAGCUCAUCCCUGAUGUCACCAUCCCCCCCAUCAUUGCCCAGCUAGUCAGCCUGAGAGAGAUGUGGCUCUACCACACACCGGCAAAAAUUGAGGCCCCAGCUUUGGCCUUUCUGAGGGAGAACCUCAAGUCCCUCCACAUCAAGUUCACUGACAUCAAGGAGAUCCCUCUAUGGAUCUACAGCCUGAAGAACCUGAGCGAGCUGCACCUCACAGGGAACCUGAGCGCAGAGAACAACCGCUACAUUGUCAUCGACGGUCUACGAGAGCUCAAGAGGCUCAAAGUGCUCCGUCUGAAGAGUAACCUGACCAAGCUGCCUCAGGUGGUGACAGACGUUGGGGUCCACCUCCAGAAGCUGUCAAUCAACAAUGAGGGCACCAAGCUGAUGGUGCUCAACAGCCUGAAGAAGAUGGUGAACCUGACAGAGCUCGAGCUGUUGCGCUGCGACCUGGAACGUAUCCCGCACUCCAUCUUCAGCCUGCACAACCUGCAGGAGAUUGACCUGAAGGACAACAACCUUAAGACCAUUGAGGAGAUCAUCAGCUUCCAGCACCUGCACCGUCUGGUAAACUUAAAGCUGUGGUAUAAUCAGAUCGCCUAUAUCCCCAUCCAGAUCGGCACCUUGACGAACAUGGAGAGGCUCUACCUAAACCGCAACAAGAUCGAGAACAUCCCGGGCCAGCUGUUCUUUUGCCGAAAACUGCGCUUUCUGGACCUGAGUCACAACAACCUGACCAGUAUACAUGCCGACGUGGGCUUCCUCCAGAACCUGCAGUACUUUGCUGUGACAGCCAACAGGAUCGAGUCCCUCCCGCCGGAUCUGUUCCAGUGCAAGAAGCUGCGCACCCUUAACCUGGGCAACAACUGCCUGCAGACUCUGCCCUCGCGCUUUGGCGAGCUGACGGGCCUGACCCAGCUGGAGCUGCGGGGGAACCGUCUGGAGUGCCUGCCCGUGGAGCUGGGAGAAUGCAGGCUGCUGAAGAGGUGCGGCCUAGUGGUGGAGGAGGACCUCUUUAACACCCUGCCCCCCGAGGUCAAAGAGCAGCUGUGGAGGGCCGACAAAGAGCCGGUCUGAGGAGAGACUCCAGAAAGCCUAAGGAGAGGAGGAAAGCGGGAGAGAGAAGGGGUAUUGGGCAGUGGAGGAUGAUGUCAUUUUAAAUCAGAAGCCAUCCUCCAAUUUCUCCCUCCACCAGCCUCCACUGGUAUCGGGAAGGAGAAAGGGGUGAGAGGUGUCAAUAUUUCUGGACGUACAUUUAGAGAAGGAUGGUUGGUUGGUGUCUUGGUUUUACUGGCUUGAAUUUGUUUUUUUAGGUCCACAAGAUGCUCUUUAACAGACUAACCAGACAUAAACCUCUCUGAGAUCGUGGCCCUUUUUUAGUACUGAGUCGUCUCCGUAUAGACAGAGACCACAAAGGGACAAGGGGUUACAAAGCUAAGCAGUACCCCCACGCUUCGCCCAUGUGGUGAAAAUAAAAACACACACACUCCUAGAACUCAAAAAUAGUAUCUUCUGCCUAACUGAUCCACUGCUAGAAAGCCAGCGGUCAACAUGAAAGAGACGCUGUAUGGGAGUGGAAGGCUCAUGUAGCCUACCAAGCAAUGUGUGUGUGUGCCCUGUUUUCCAUCAUCUUCACUUUAAAGUAUACAGUCCACAAAUACCAGCAGUAUGUGUUUAUCCAAACGGCAGUGAGAGGACACAGGAUCCGACUGGCUUAAGGGAACACAUCUCGAUGGCCAAUACAUCCAAAGCAGGGCCCUGUUCAUUAGCCACCAAAUGGAAGAAAAUGGUCUGAAACCGAGGGACUAUCAAUAAGAAACACACAUUUUUGUUUUCUGUUGCUAAAUGUUUUGAAACGUUUGAUACUGUGCCCUAAUGAAAAUGAUGGCUUAUACAGUACACGUUAUUGUGCAAUAUAUUCUGCCGGGAAAUCAAAGAAGAGACACUUUUAUCGAUGGGACUUGUAGUAAACAACAUAAUUUGGAGGGAAAUUGCCACCUCAGCUGAUUCCUUCAAGACCAGCCAGGCAACUCUUGUUACUAAUAUGGCCUUACCUUUUGGGUGCUGUGCUGUACGUCCCACAUUGUCUAUGAUUAAAACCAUAAUGUUCAUGAUUUUGCUAAAUAUGCAGACAAAUGUAUAGCUGUUGUAAAAUUGUUUCGAGCAUAGGCAUCGAUGGUUUUAUUUUUCUCACCAACUGUCCCGAGUUAUUUUAGGAGAGGAAAGCCUAACUUUGGAGGAAAGGGAGAUUAAUUCAUCUUUGUUCACACAAUUAUUUUCAUUUUAUGUAUUAACUACAUAUGCCAUUUCCCUUUUUUCGCAAUGUUACUUAGCGAUGAAAACUUUCCAGCUAGGUGUUUUGAAUCUAGCUCUGUUCUGAAAAGUUAGCGGUUUUGGAUUUGAUAGUAAAAGGGAGGGCCCAGAUGUGAAUGAAUGGAGCAACGCUCACAGAGUAGGAGUGCAUCAGAAAGGAGCAAACGAUCCCAGAGCAAAGGCUCGCUGGUUGAGACCAAUGAUCUAUAUAAACCCUGGCUUGCUGAUGCUAUGUAUUGGCCAUUGAGAGGCCACUGGUCGGUCAUAUUGGCACUCCCCAGUAGGAGCAGUCCUCUAUAGGAAUGCAUGGAAUUCUAUAGUAAACUCAGCAAAAAAAGAAACAUCCUCUCACUAAACUGUGUUCAUUUUCAGCAAAUGUGUAAAUAUUUGUAUGAACAUAAGAUUCAACAACUGAGACAUAAACUGAAGUUCCACAGACAUGUGACUAACAGAAAUGGAAUACUGUGUCACUGAACAAAGGGGGGGGGGGGGGGUCUAAAAAUCAAAAGUAACAGUCAGUAUCUGCUGUGGCCACCAGCUGCAUUAAGUACUGCAGUAUAUCUCCUCAUGGACUGCACCAGAUUUGCCAGUCCUUGCUGUGAGAUGUUACCCCACUCUUCCACCAAUGCAUCUGCAAGUUCCCGGACAUUUCUGGGGGGGGAUGGCCCUAGCCCUCACCCUCCGAUCCAACAGGUCCCAGACGUGCUCAAUUGGAUUGAGAUCCGGGCUCUUCGCUAGCCAUUGCAGAACACUGACAUUCCUGUCUUGCAAGAAAUCAUACACAGAACAAGCAAUAUGGCUGGUGGCAUUGUCAUGCUGGAGGGUCAUGUCAGGAUGAGCCUGCAGGACGGGUACCACAUGAGGGAGGAGGAUGUUUUCCCUGUAACGCACAGCGUUGAGAUUGCCUGCAAUGACAACAAGCUCAGUCCGAUGAUGGACCCUCCACCUCCAAAUCGAUCCUACUCCAGAGUACAGGCCUCGGUGUAACGCUCAUUCCUUCGACGAUAAACGCAAAUCCGACCAUCACCCCUGGUGAGACCAAACUGCGACUCGUCAGUGAAGAGCACUUUUUGCUAGUCCUGUCUGGUCCAGGGACGGUGGGUUUGUGCCCAUAGGUGACGUUGUUGCCGGUGAUGUCUGGUGAGGACCUGCCUUACAACAAGCCUACAAGCCCUCAGUCCAGCCUCUCUCAGCCUAUUGCGGACACUCUGAGCACUGAUGCAGGGAUUGUGCAUUCCUUGUGUAACUCGGGCAGUUGUUGUUGCCAUCCUGUACCUGUCCCGCAGGUGUGAUGUUCGGAUGUACCGAUCCUGUGCAGGUGUUGUUACACGUGGUCUGCCACUGCGAGGACGAUCAGCUGUCCGUCCUGUCUCCCUGUAGCGCUGUCUUAGGUGUCUCACAGUAUGGACAUUGCAAUUUAUUGCCCUGGCCACAUCUGCAGUCCUCAUCCCUCCUUGCAGCAUGCUUAAUGCAUGUUCACGCAGAUGAGCAGGGACCCUGGGCAUUUUUCUUUAGGUGUUUUUCAGAGUCAGUAGAAAGGCCUCUUUAGUGUCCUAAGUUUUCAUAACUGUGACCUUAAUUGCCUACCGUCUGUAAGCUGUUAGUGUCUUAACGACCGUUCCACAGGUGCAUGUUCAUUAAUUGUUUAUGGUUCAUUGAACAAACAUGGGAAACAGUGUUUAAACCCUUUACAUUGAAGGUCUGUGAAAGUUAUUUGGAUUUUUACGAAUUAUAUUUGAAAGACAGGGUCCUGAAAAAGGGACGUUUCUUUUUUUGCUGAUUUUAUUUCAAUUAAAUGUUUCACUACAAAAUUGCAUGUAUUUAAGAAUUGUUUUGUUUGUAGUAGGGAAAGUAACAUUAAUCCCCCCAAAAAGUGUACUUUAAUAUUAUUAAUCUCCAAAAAUUAUGCUUUAAGGAAAAUGUUUAUAUAUUUUUUCAUUUUCUAUUUGUAUGUUUAACUCACAUAAGUAUGCAUUAAGGUGUCUGUAAUAUAAUACAUGUGGCAAAAACGAAUGUAGACAUUAAUAAAUGCAUUUCUAUAGCUUCUAAAAUAUUUUUUAUAACGGUGGGGGAGUACCAAGAUGGAGCUACGGUGGCUUCAACAUAGCACCCCCCAACAGUCAUCUAGUGUAUACAUAUAAAUCGUUGUUCGACUACAGACAUACUGUAUAGUCCAAGUAUUCCUCUCUGACUUGUUCCAGGCUUUUUAGAAUAUUUGAAACUGCAAACAGGAACAGCUCUCAUAUGGACUCCGGGUCAUUCCUUAACAGGGCUGUUAUGAUUGAUGACCAAAACUGAUCUGAGUGCCAGAGGAUUUAAUCUCAGGGCUUCACUGGAGAGCUCAUUGAUUCACAGCUUUAGUGUGGCGCGGGCUUGAAAGGGUGAAUAUGAUAACAGUUAGCGCUGACUGACUCAGAGUAGGUAAUAGAGAUUCUGCAAAUAAAACUGUAUAAUAUA